UUAACGCCAAUGUCGACGACGCGAUGGUAUAAGCGAACGUAGGACGUGGAACAUAUCAAACGUUAUAUUUGGAAGUAUAGACAGAAGUCUUUUUCCUUGUGAUUUCUUCCUAGAAGAGAACAUUAGUGUCGUCAACAGUCUCUUCUGCGAAGUUAAGUCUGUGCAUGAAAGGAAAUCGUUGUAAGUGAAGAAUAUCGAUUCGCCUGAGUCUGUAACAGCUAACAUCAUACGUAAUCAUGACCAACCUAACGUCAAACACGUGACUUCUCUGAUGCAAUCUGGCGCUUAAUUUAAACGAAAUAAGGAAGCUUGACAGUACACAGAACAGAAAGUGAAAAACGAAAGAAUUAUUGCGUAAAAACGCAAUAAAAACACAAAAGUCGUAUCGAUUUCUUGUCUACAAUCAGUGCUUUGCUCAUCAAUUUAUUAUUAUUAAAAUCGAAUAUCGAGGAGAUAUUUGAAGAUAAUCGCCGCAUCUCUGAUUCUCGCCACGAUCAAUAAGUGAUAACACAAAGUAGACACAGUAGAUAGGACAACUAUAUGCAUAAGAUUUAACUUUUGAUUGAUAGAGCGAAUCAGCUCCGUCCUCGAUAAGGUGAAUUGUGAUAAAGCGAGGUCGUACGAUCGUCGACAGACAGAAAGAAUCAGAGGCGAGAGAUGUUGACUGUAAUACGUAAAGUUACGCUCAGUCGUUUCUUGGAACUUUUAACGAGUAGUUCGUUGUUACGCGCGCGCACCGUUGCCGCCGGAAUGACGUCCACCGGAAGUCAGGAUUACGACCAGAAGGUCGUCCCUAAGAACGAGGUCAUUAGAUUUAUCGAGGAUUGUAUGUGUAAGGCUGGUACCACGAAAGAAGACGCGUACGCCGUCGGUCAUCAUCUAAUGAUAGCGGAUUACAGAGGUCAUUUUAGCCAUGGGAUGAACCGGAUGCACAUGUACGUAAAGGACAUCGAACACAGAAUCACCGAUCCCACCGCCCGACCGCAGAUUGUCACUGAUUUUCAGGCGAUAGCUCUCGUUGAUGGAAAAAACGCGUUAGGUCAAGUGAUCGGCAAAUAUUGCAUGGAGAAAGCCAUAGAGAAGGCCAAAAAAUUCGGUAUCGGCAUGGUGGCGGCACGUGGCUCUAAUCACUAUGGCAUCUGUGCUUACUACACCAUGAUGGCGAUGGAACAAGGACUGAUCGGUUUCACCUGCACUAACACGAGUCCGCUGAUGGCACCGACACGCAGCAUGAAAUCCGCUCUAGGAACGAAUCCCUUGUCCUUAGGCAUGGCCGCCUGCAACGGCGACGAGUUCGUUCUCGAUAUGGCAACCACCGCCGUCGCCUUGGGCAAGAUCGAGUUGGCCAUUCGGAAGAACGAGAACAUUCCCGAGGGCUGGGCACUCGGACCUGACGGAAAAGUGACCUGUAAUUCCGAAGAGGCUUUCAAAACUUCUUUAUUGAUGCCUCUCGGUGGCGACGAACAUAGUUCUGGGUACAAGGGUUAUGGUCUGGGUCUGAUGGUUGAGAUACUCUGCGGUAUCCUGAGCGGAAGUUUUUUCGGGCCGAACAUCCGCCCUUGGAAGUCCGGCGACAAAGUCGCUAAUCUCGGACAGUGCUUUAUGGCCAUUAAUCCGGAGGCCUUUGCGGACGGAUCGAAAGAGAGAUUGACGAUCUUGCUCAAACAGCUGAGAGAUCUACCUACUUCCGAUGGAAAGACGGUUCUGAUCGCCGGUGAUCCCGAAAGACGACACAUGGAAAAGGUCGACAUGGAGGGCGGAAUGACGUAUCAUCCAAAUCAAUUAAAGGCCUCGGAAGAAUUCGCUAAACACAUGGGCGUACAACCGAUGAAACUCGUACCUAAAUCCGUUUGAUUUUUUAGUUAUCAGCAAAAAAUUAAUCUGCUCUAUCUUAUCUCAUUUCUUUUAUAUGUAUAUCGAUCG